GCUUCAACUCCUUUGAACUUGGAACCUGUUCUGAACCCUCACUCGGAACUUCUUCUUCACCUUUCCCCAUUUUCCUCUUCGCUACCCGGUUGCGACCUCUGACAUAUAUAUCUUUCCUUCUGUACCUAGACUAGACCCUGCACUCUCCCCACUUAUUCUUUGAGCAGAGUCCACUUUCUGAGCUGGGUGCUUGCACGCACUUUUUCUUCCUACAUGGACAACGUCGCGGAUAAUGAGAUGCUGGUCGAUGAAUAUGAGCAGUUUCACAAUGAUAGAACCGACGAUGUCGUCGUCUCCCAGUCCGGAUCCGAGGAACCGGAGCCAGAACCUCCUGCGGAUGACUAUCCGGCAAUGAUGGCUCGACUCCUCCCAAAAGACCCGGAUUUGGAGACCGCCGAUGAGGCAUGGCAUACAUGGCAUAUUGAGGACUGGCGGAAAUUAAAAAAGAGGGAACAUGGUCCGGUUUUUCAGUGUGCGGGAUUCCCAUGGCGAAUUCUUUUCUUUCCCUAUGGGAACCACGUCGAACACGCCUCCUUCUACCUGGAGCAUGCUUGGGAAAAUGAGCCGCCAGAGAACUGGUACGCGUGCGUUCAGUUUGCCCUUGUGCUUUGGAAUGUAAACGACCCGACUAUCAACAUUUCUCACGUCGCUACUCACCGAUUCAACGCCGACGAAGGGGAUUGGGGUUUCACCCGAUUCUGCGAACUGCGCAAGCUUUUUAAUAUGCCAUUUGAGGGCCGUGGUACACCUAUUGUACAAAACGAAGAAGCUAAUAUUACCGCCUAUGUGCGCGUUGUCAAAGAUCCCACAGGUGUCCUGUGGCACAGCUUCCAGAAUUAUGACUCUAAGAAAGAAACAGGCAUGGUUGGGUUAAAAAACCAGGGUGCUACUUGUUAUCUCAACUCGCUACUCCAGUCGCUGUAUUUUACAAAUGCUUUCCGCAAGUCUGUCUAUCAAAUCCCGACAGAUGAGGAGGCUUCGAGGGAAAAUAGUGCCUGGACUCUCCAGAGAUUGUUCAAUAAUCUUCAAACCAGUGAAUUAUCUGUCUCAACAACCGAACUUACCGCAUCUUUCGGGUGGGAAUCGCGACAAAUUUUCGAGCAACAGGAUGUUCAAGAACUAUCCCGAAAGUUGAUGGAGAGGCUGGAAGAGAAAAUGAAGGGAACGCCCGCAGAAAAGGCACUUCCAGAACUAUUCGUGGGGAAAACAAAGACUUAUAUAUCUUGCAUUAACGUCGAUUAUGAGUCGUCGCGAGUGGAAGAUUUCUGGGAUAUCCAACUAAAUGUGAGAGGCAACAAGACGCUCGACGACAGCUUCAAGGACUAUAUCCAAGUGGAGACACUUGAGGGUGAAAACAAGUACGACGCCGGCCAACCGUAUGGCCUUCAAGAUGCCAACAAGGGUGUUAUUUUUGAAAGCUUCCCUCCUGUGUUGCAUCUUCACUUGAAGCGCUUCGAGUAUGACAUCCACCGAGAUGCCAUGAUGAAAAUCAAUGAUCGACAUGCCUUCCCCAUGGAGUUCGAUGCUGCCCCCUAUCUCUCUAAGGACGCGGAUCGGUCCGAGUCCUGGGUUUACCAGCUGCAUGGCGUAUUGGUUCACAGCGGUGACUUGAAUGCGGGUCACUACUUUGCCUUCUUGAAGCCUACCAAAGACGGAUUCUGGUAUCGUUUCGAUGACGAUAGGGUAACUAGGGCUACUGACAGGGAGGUUCUCGAAGAAAACUAUGGCGGUGAAUAUGAACUCGCCAAUGGCGCGGCUGGAGCCCGACAACCGUACACACGAGGUCUAUCUACGAAGCGGUCGACAAACGCCUAUAUGCUGGUUUACAUCCGGAAGUCUAGAUUGGAUGACGUUCUUUUGCCUAUCACAAAGGAGGAUGUGCCUUCUCACAUUGAACAGCGUCUAGCGGAAGAGCGCGUGGAUUUAUUACGCAGGAAGAAGGAGAGAGAAGAAGCUCACCUGUACAUUAAUGUUGGAGUGUUGACCGAAGAAACUUUCCGGUCCCAUCAUGGUUUUGAUCUCACAAGCUUCGACCAAUCAACUGAUGAUGCAGCACUUCCGAAGCAGUAUCGAAUCCUCAGGGCCAAGAAGGUUGGCGAGUUUGCACAGCAAAUAGCGGAAGAGAAAGGCAUCGAUGCUUCUCAAGUCCGAUUCUGGGUCAUGGUGAACCGCCAAAAUAAGACAACUCGGCCAGAUCAGGUCAUCAAGGAUCCAGAAAUGACCGUUGAAGAGGCUUAUAGCCGGUUUGGCACAAAGGGCAACCCUUUCAGGGUCUGGCUGGAAGUCGGCCAACCUUCCGCAGAUGGAACAAUGUCUUGGCCGGAUAGCAACAACUCGGUGUUGAUCUUCUUGAAACAUUUCGACGUGCCAAAGCAAACUUUGACUGGCGUUGGCGCUGUAUACGUUCGCAAGAACCAGAAAGUUUCCGACCUCGCUCCGACAAUAUUGGACUUAAUGGCCUGGCCGGCUGGGACGGAGUUUGUCUUGUACGAAGAGAUCAAGCACAACAUGAUUGACCUGAUGAAGCCAAAGCAGACCUUCCAGCAGUCCGAAAUUCAAGACGGCGACAUUAUCACCUUCCAAAAAUCGGUUAAGGAAUCGGAGCUACCACCCACGGCAUUAUAUGCCGAUGCCAAACUAUACUACGAUUACCUCCUUAAUAGGAUAAAUGUCACCUUUGCUCCUAUCAAAGCAACCGAUGGCGAGGAGUUCACGCUGACGCUGAGUCGGAAAAUGACAUAUGACCAAUUUUCCAAGAAGGUUGGCGAGCAUUUGAACGUUGAUUUCACACAUUUGCGUUUUGCUCCCGUCAUCGCUAGCACAGGGAAGCCAAAGCCAUUCAUCAAGAGGAGUUCCAAUCAGAAUGCGCAAACCCUACAAGCCAUCCUCAGUGGCCAGGUGACUGGCUAUGGGCUCAGCGUGCAUCGCCAAGACGCACUUUACUAUGAAGUCUUAGAGACAAGCCUAAGUGAUUAUGAGUCUAAGAUCUGCUUGUCAGUAACAUGGCUCUCCGAAGGCAUUACGAAAGAGCAAGUCGUCGAGGUCCUCGUUCCUCGAGAUGGAACGAUCUCUGAUCUCCUGGCUGGCCUGCAGAAGAAGGCGAAUCUUGACGACGACACGAUUCGAAACACGCGGGUUUACGAAACGCACGGAGGCAAGAUAUACCGAGACUUCCAGCCGGAUUCUAAGAUUGCUGGCAUCAAUGAGUUUGUCACCCUGUACGCGGAGAAAAUCCCUGAAGAGGAAGUGAGCAUGGGGAAUGGCGAUCGGACAAUCAAUGCGUACAACUUCGAUAAGGAAGUGAACCGGCCACAUGGCGUACCUUUCAAAUUCGUUAUGAAAUCUGGCGAAAUCUUCAAAGAAACCAAGGAACGACUUUCCAAACGAACGGGCCUCAAGGGAAAGCGAUUCGAGAAGAUUAAGUUUGCUGUUGUUCCUCGAUCGUUAUACUCAAACCCAAGAUAUCUUGAAGAUGAUGACAUACUCUCCGACAUAAUCGGCGAUUCGGAUGAUCUGCUUGGUCUUGACCAUUUAAAUAAGAACCGGAACUUUUGGAACAGAAGCGAGUCCUUCUUCAUCCGAUAGAGGCCGAACGUGAUAAAUGCAUUACUGCACCAUAUGCUGCAUUGUUAAAUGACACACAACUUACACACGAAUUGCGGUAAAUACGAAUGGGCAGGGAGGGUAUGAUUAUAGGGGUGUUAGGCUCACCUUGGUCCAGAGAGAGAAGGAGAGAAUGGGGGAGGAAGAAAACCCCCCCCCCCCCCCCC